UGGUUCAACAGCGGAAACGCAACUUGAUUUUGGCCUUGGUGGUCAAGGUCCGAGGCUAUUGGCCCCGCCCGGCACGUUCUUAGCUCUGGCUUGCACUGGUCCAACAGGGGAAAAGUGGCUAGUGACCCUUAAAGGCCUCGAUAUAUUUCAAACGAAAUCGAAGAACGAACUAAUGUGACAUCAUUUCGAACAAAAUCAGGCCAAAAUUAAGUUCAAUUUGUGUUCUUUUUGGAAGUUCGAAAAGUUUGCUUCAGCUGCAAAACACCUUCAUGCCACCAUUGGUCCUUGACGAUAACGUAAUAAGAGGUGUGCGCUGAGGCUCCGCCUUCAUUCGCGUGGAAGUCUUCUCUGACUCCUUUGAUCUGUAGAGUUUGUUGAGGUUAGAGCUCCGUGGGUGAAAACAUGAACACACUGGAUAGCCGCUUUAUAGUACAAAAUGAAGUUGUGCUUCUGAUGAAAUGAGGCACUGACACCGUUUUUCGUGUUUGAUACUGUAAAGCUGCUGGCUUUUAAGCAUUAUAUUGAAUAAACAUCUAUUUUAGAUGCUAUAUAAAUAAUUGUUACGUGACUGAAGUGCUAGCUAAUUUGCAGAGCUCGUGUUAACAUACCAAUGUUGUUAUGAUCAGAUGCUUUUCUUAGGCUUUCUAUGAAAAAUGCUUGAAGUUUUUUUCAUUUUUGUUGUGUUUUUGUUACUGAAAAGAAAGUGUACGGCACAUAUUUACAUAUUCAUCUAACCGUCACUCUCAGCAGGUGUGGGCGGUGUCAGAUGUUCGAUUAUAGUAUAUCGCAGCUCACGCAUUUCGAACUUCGUUUUACCCCUAAACGAAGAAUGAAAAAGAACUUUGUUUGAAGUAUAUCUUAUAGUAUGCCUUAAGGCCCCGAUAUACUCACGGCAAAGUUCUUUUUCAUUCAAAAUACCUGAACAGCUGUAUAAUGUUAGUGAUGCUGCAUUUUGUUGACUUUAAUUAUUUGGGUUACGGUUAAGAUGACUAACCAUAAUUUUGAGCAAUAGUAAUAGUAAUGCUUACCGUAAGAGUAAUGCUUGCUUAAGAGACUUCUGUUUUCCUUGAUUUGACCCCUUUAAAUGAAUCUUGCACGUUUGAGAUGGGAUGGUAGAGUAGCUUUGCAGCUAAGCAAUGGAGAACAAACAUAUUAGGGACAUGGAAAGUAAGACAAAGCCAUCUCAUCCAGUGGCAGGCAGAUGUGUGUGCUUGUUUGCACUCUGACAGUCUCUUUCCCUGCUUCACUCUCUUCCCCGACGUGCUCCGUGUCUCAAUGGAAACCUCAUGCAUGUGCACUCUGCCUUCCCACUCUGAAAGAGAGAGCAAGAGAGAGAGAGGGAGGGAUCGCGAAAAACGAGAAAGAAUCACAUCAUCAGAAGAUCAGCAGAGGAAAGCAGCCACAGUGAGGACCAGCAGGCUUUGCCAUGCUCACUCAGAGGAAUGGGGCGUGUGCCGGCUGCGUUCUGCCUGGGAAGGACAGCUCGGACCAGGUGGAUGUGACUGGGUGUACCUGUGCAAUAGGAGACUGUGCCUGGGAUUGUCUGACAGGGGUGGAUGGCUGUUUAUCGGACACUUCCUGUCUUUGGUUCCAGCUCCUGGCCAGGGCAUACUGGGGGGACGUGGAACUGGGGCUCCGGGAGGCCCAGAAGGAUGUCUCUUGGCGCAGAUUGAAGAAGACAUCUCCGAGGAACUGCAUGCGGUCUUGGGCCAAACAGAAGGAUGGUUGUGAGCGCAGCGAGGCAUCAGCUUUGUCUCCGGCUGCUGAAGAGGAGCCCUUCUCAUGGCCAGGGCCUAAAACAUUGCACCUACGCCGCACCUCUCAUGGCUUUGGCUUCACGCUCCGUCACUUUAUUGUGUACCCGCCCGAAUCAGCCGUGCAGUCCUCUCUCAAGGAUGAAGACAAUAGCAGCAGAGGGAGGCAGCGGAACAGACUGGAGCCGAUGGACACCAUCUUUGUCAAGCAGGUGAAAGAGGGCGGCCCCGCACAUGGAGCUGGACUCUGCACAGGGGAUCGCAUUGUAAAAGUCAACGGAGAAAGCAUCAUCGGAAAGACGUAUUCCCAAGUGAUCGCCCUUAUCCAGAACAGUGACACAUCUCUCGAGCUCUGCGUGAUGCCAAAAGAUGAAGACAUUUUACAGUUGUUCUCCAGGGAUAUCACAGCUCUGGCCUAUUCUCAAGAUGCAUACCUCAAAGGAAAUGAGGCAUAUAGUGGAAAUGCCCAGAACAUCCCCGAGCCACCCCCAAUAUGUUACCCACGGAUAGAGCCAAAUGCCUUGGCCAUGGCACAGGUGUCAGAGCCAUCACGCUCUGCCGAGACAUCAUGUGGAACCAGACAAGGAGCAAAUCGAUGCCACAAGCCUGACAUAGGCUGCCGCAUUGAUAACCCUUUAUCUCCCCCUAUCCCAUCUCAAACCUCUCAGGUCCCCAAGACCCAAACUGUUGUGCAUGUAUUUAAUGAGAAUUUUAGGACAAUGGUAGCAUCACCUGAAUCUACAGAUCAAACUUCACAUGUGGCCUGGGCUGGUCCCUGCCACAGGACGGAGGAAAACCAGAAUGCGGCUUCAACAGACCCAAGCUUUAACAGGUCCAGGGCCCAUGCCACGUCAUCUCCAACUGGGGCAGCACAAUCACAGCACAAGCCCAGCAGAACUGCAGAGCUCACUGGGUUCUCCGACACUACCCCCAGAACUGCACAGACUUCCAUAGACACUAAGCCUGUAUCUUCCCACAGACAUACCUUAACCACAACAGCGGAAACCAUCCCAUCAGCCACCUCUCCCACCCCUUACACACCAUCUCCUCCACCUGCCACCCCCUCCCCCUGCUCCCCCCACCAGAACAUUGACUGGAGGAACUACACCACCUACAAGGAGUAUAUUGACAACAAACGGCUCUACAUGUAUGGCUCCCGGACUAUUCAGGAACGUCUGGACAGUCUGCGAGCCGCCUCCCCAUCCAGUACAGGUGAAUACACCAAGCAGAAGAGCGCAUCAACAACAGCUACACCCUCACGGGGCUUUUCUGGAUCACAGCUGAGACGGAGGAGCGCCUCUCAUGAUCGGAGUUAUCAGGUAUCCACUGUGCUGCCUCUGCGUAGCGUUUCUCAGGAGAGGCUUGGUGGUGCAGAACGGACUGCUCUAGCACAGAAUUGGCCUCGGAGUGCUUCCCAGGAUGCAAUCCCGUCGGCCCCCACAGGUAUCCUGAAACCGAGAGCAUAUUCUUGUGACUAUCUAGGCAGACAGAAUGAAAAUGCAACAUCCAUGUUGGACAGGCAGGCAUGCUGCAGAACUGAGACAGAGGAGUGGUUACUCAUGCACAGAGGGGACGAGGCAAGAGCAAGCAGGCAGUCUUCUUCCUUGCGCAUGGCACCUCACAGAACACAGGAUGUAUUUAGCUCAGACAGACGAGGGGGCAGUUACCCAGGGUUGCCUAACACCCCUCUCUUCAGUAGAGGUACGGAUUCAUUGCUUACCUCCAGAGCUGAAAGUCUGGGUAACACCUCUGCACCUUCCGUAAACAGACCCUCACUGCUACCUGCCAAGAAUUAUGUUUCAGACCCUUCCACCGCUGCUGCUUCUUAUAUAGCUUCUGCCCUCGCCUCAAUACAAGGCCACAUCACUGGUAGUUCCAACACAGGCACCAUCAAAGACCAAAGAACACCGCUCACUGCCAACCACAUGCCCCACAAUGCAAAGCAGUUACAGCCUAGGGGGCGGGCUGACAGCCUUCAGGAGCCUUUCAGAGAGGUAGCCCGUGGAGGUCGCUCUUCUUCUUGUUCUGCUGCCACUAAACCCAACAGAACAAAGCAGGGUGGAUCCAAGCCCAUACUGACCAGUAACGGAACAGUUCCUCAGAAGCCUAGGUACAUAGAACCACAACCCCAAGCCAAUGAGAAGGAGGCGGAAGGUAUCGAGGGUCAAGAUGCCACUGUAGUUGUAGUUCGGAGGGAGAAGUCUGGAUCUCAACCUAUCCGCCACCCUUCCUACAUUCUGGCAGUGAACGAGACCGAGGGAGGGGCUGAACCACCUGCAGUCUCCAACACAUGCUGGCUGCCUAACAAUACCCGGCGCGAAAUGCACAUGAAGAAACUAGGAGACCAGUGUAAAACCUCCUUUUCAAGCAACCUUGAUGACUCACUGGACUCCAUUCCCUUCAUUGAUGAGCCAUCAAGCUCCAGCAACGACCAUGACACCACACACAUUCCUGCAUCUGCUGUGAUUUCAAGCACGCCUAUCAUCACCACCAUCCCACCCAGUCCAACGUCCCCUUCUCCCGUAAUACGCCGACAGCUGUCCCAUGACCAGGAUUCUUUACGACUCACAAUUCUGGAAUCAGAUUCUGGAGCUAAAACAGAGCGCUCCAGGUCCUUCGAUGAGGGCUUGGAUAAUUACAGAGAAGAAGGAAGAGGGCGGUCGAUUAAACACACCCAUGGAUUCAAGGGGCUUAGAAAGGCUGUUGACAGGUCUUCUGAGGACUCUGGCUCUAGGAGAGACUCUACAUCAGAUGUCUUCACUGAUGCCACAAAGGAGGGUCCGCUUUAUUUCCGGCAGCUGAACUCAGAUAAGGGCAAGCGUGUUGGUAGUGGCAUACGGUCUUGGAAGCAGAUCUAUGCUGUGCUUCGUGGUCACUGCCUCUUCCUGUACAAAGACAAGAGGGACGGACAAACCAACGCCAACUCCCAGAUCGAAGACGAGCCUCUGCCAAUCAGCAUCAAAGCCUGUCUGAUUGACAUCUCCUACAGUGACACAAAGCGGAAGAAUGUCCUUCGGCUGACGACGUCAGACUGUGAAUACCUGUUCCAGGCGGAAGAUCGAGAGGAAAUGCUGUCCUGGAUCCGAGUCAUUCAAGAAAACAGCAACUUGGAUGAAGAGAAUGCGACUGUUACUAGCACAGACCUCAUCAACCGAAAAAUAAAGGAAUACAACACUCUGAUGAGUCCACCCAGCAGUAAGACAGAACCCUCACCCAAGGCCUCCCGUCAGUCCCUGAGCAUCAGGCAGACGUUACUGGGUGGUAAGGGGGAGAAUAAAGCCACAAGCCCUCACUCACCAAACAAGGACCACGACAGGAAAGCCAUGCACAAAGACGAAACCAGCCCACCCAAGGAUAAGGGCACAUGGAGAAAGGGCAUCCCUGGACUGAUGAGAAAGCCAUUUGAGAAGAAACCGUCUCCUGGAGUCACAUUUGGAGUAAGACUAGAUGACUGUCCUCCAGCUCAGAACAACAGAUUUGUUCCUCUGAUAGUUGAAGUGUGCUGUAAGCUGGUGGAAGAACGAGGACUGGAAUACACAGGCAUUUACAGAGUGCCAGGAAAUAAUGCCGCCAUUUCCAUCAUGCAGGAAGAGCUCAAUAACAAGGGCAUGGGUGACAUUGAUAUUCAGGAUGAUAAAUGGAAGGACUUGAAUGUGAUCAGCAGUUUACUCAAAUCCUUCUUCAGGAAACUUCCUGAACCCCUCUUCACUAACGAGAAGUAUGCAGACUUUAUUGAUGCCAACAGAAUAGAGGACCCUGUAGAGAGACUCAAAGUGCUCAAGAGACUGCUUCACGAGCUGCCCGAUCAUCAUUAUGAAACACUGAAGUUCCUCUCGGCACAUCUCAAAACUGUGGCUGAAAAUUCAGAAAAGAACAAGAUGGAGCCACGGAAUCUGGCCAUUGUGUUCGGCCCAACACUAGUGAGAACAUCUGAAGACAAUAUGACUCACAUGGUGACACACAUGCCAGACCAGUACAAGAUUGUAGAAACGCUCAUACAGCAUUAUGACUGGUUCUUCACUGAGGAGGGGGACAAGGAGCCUUCGACUACAGUCCAGGAGGAGAGUGCUGUAGAGUCUCAGCCUUUGCCUAACAUCGAUCACCUGCUGACCAAUAUCGGCCGGACAGGCACCUCUCCCGGUGAAGUGUCAGAUUCACCAACCAGUGACUCCGCUAAAUCUAAGGGCUCCUGGGGAUCAGGGAAGGACCACUGCAGCCGCGAGUUUCUUCAGCCACGAGUCUCCUCCAUCUUUGCUGCGGCCAACCGCAAACGAAAGAAGCACAAGGAGAAGCUGCAACCCAGCAGCUCUGAUGACGACCUUGAUACCAUCUUCACCAAGAUGGAUAGCCCAACUCAAAAGCAGAAUCAUCAAAGCCAGGAGGAGUUGGCAGGCAGGUCCAGCCCAUGCAGAAAAUCACUUGUAGGAGACGACAAGAAUGGCAUAAGUGCAGAGUCCACCCCAAAAAACAAGAAGGAGCACAGGAACUCUUUCUUUAUGAAAGACAAACCCUCUUCAACUCUCUCCCCCUUGCCCAAGCUCUCACGUUCACCCGGUUUCAACCGCCGCACCUCUGGUCCUCCCAAAUCAUCCCUUUCGGAUCCUUCUUCACAGUUAGAUGAGACCACCUCAGACUUGGGCACCAUGAGCUCUGGAGCCUCUGUACCCAGAAGCAGACCUCGGAAAUGGGGCACAACAACACCACCGGCCCCUGAGCAAUUUCCAGUUUCUGGGUGGGCUUCAGUGACCGCAGAGGUGAGCUCUAUUACCUCAGACUACUCAACCACUUCCUCUACCACCUUCCUGACAGGAAUGGAAUCAAUCACAUUGAGCCCAGAGGUGCAGUCUGUGACUGAAAGCCGAGGAGGAGACGAGGCAGAUGACGAGCGCAGUGAGCUCAUCAGUGAGGGACGACCAAUGGAAACGGACAGCGAGAGUGACUUCCCAAUGUUUAGCCCUGUCAUCGCAGGACUAGACAUACCAACCACAGAAGAUGGUGGAAACACCACAUCCAAACUAGCUUGCCGUUUGCUGCCCUCCCAUAAACUAAUAGAAUGUGACUCUCUGUCCAGGAGGCGAUCCUUGCGCCAAAAGACGGACAGCGAUUCAUCUGUGGAGGCAGGGGCUGGUGGUGGGGUCAGCAAGAAUGAAUCAAAUAGACUGUCUCGAGUUCUGGAGGUGAUGAAGAGAGGCCGUUCCACCGGCAGCCUGAGUGCCCCUUUGCGUACUGAAUCGGAUAAGAGUGAGCCAGCGUGGCAUCUUAAAAUCACAGAGAGACUCAAGUUCCGUCUACGCGCCUCCGCUGACGACAUGUUCGGUGUCGGCACACAGAAAGCCCGCUCUGCAGAGACGCGUGGUAAGAAAAAGGGCAUCCGGCGGCGGCAUACUAUGGGUGGACAGCGGGAUUUCGCUGAACUAGAUGUCAUUCAUGACUGGAGGGAACAGGGCGGGGUGGACCAAGGUGCCGAACUGUCUGCUGUGGAGCGCCUUAAACCCAAGUGCGACUCUCAGGACAUGUCUAUUCGGGACUGGAUUGCUUGUGAACAUCGUCGAAUUGGGGGUUCACAGGCCAGUCUAGAGAUGGAAAGUCAAGUAGGGAUAAAGGCAACAGAAGCGGGAGAGACCCAUGCAGGUGUGCAGAGUGCUGAGCAACUGACUCCUUCUGCCUCUCCAUGUCCUCAGUCCAGCUCUGAACAAGUAAACGGAGGCACGUCAAAGGGCAAAUCCAAAAACAGCCUGAAUUCUGGAGAUGAUGCUCAUCCGCAGAAAUUGUCAGGAGCCCAAGUGGUGCGCUCGCGAUUCUACCAAUAUCUUUAAAAGAAAAGAAUCAUCUGCCUGUGUGUAAGUGUGUCAUAAUGUGUGUGUAAAGGCCUGUUCAAACCAAGAUGAAUGUUUGGUGUGAAAAUUCGGUGCGAUAAACAAAGACCAGACACAAACUGCUAUUGCAUCUGUUCAGUCCGAUGUGAACAUUUGCAUGCUGUCAGUGUGACUUAUCUCUUUUCCACGGCACUGCAAAGAAGACUGGCCAACCAUUAAGAUUUGCACUUUUGGUCACAUUUCAUAAAAUUACGACUUGGUGGUGCUUACAAAGAGACUAUUUUCCUAAAUGGCAGUGAAUAGCAGAGGAAGAAUCCAAAACCACGUCUCUAGUUUCUGUACUCUUGUAUUUGAUGAUGUUUGAUAAGCAUACAAAUAUCUGAAUGGCUGUUUGAAAGCAUGUAAAUGCUGUUUGAUUUUCUUUCUUUGUGACAAGUGGGUGUCAGAUUCUGAAAGUUGCGCAGCACUUUGUGUCGUAAAAAACAUAAAAAGAUUGCGAUCUCGAUUCAAACACCCACACGAUCUUAUUUUAUUAAUGACAGCGAUUCCCCUGUGUCUGUUAAGCCUUUGACAAAAAUAAUACCUGAACUUUCAAAUCUGCAUUCAUGCUGCCACGCUGAGCCAGAGAGAGCCGUUUUGAACCACACAGUGUUACAAAUAUUCAGAUUAUCACAGAGGUACUGAGAGAAAAGUUUAAAUUUAGGAUAUAAACACUGAUGUCUACAAUGGUGAUCAAAAUAGAGCAAACCACCUUUUGAAACUAACUUGCGCUUCAAAUAAUGGUUGUUUCAAUUACAUUUUGAGCCACUAGGUGGCAACAAGUGACUGUUAAAAACUGUAUUUGUCAUUGAAUCAUUCAUUCAAAAGAUUUGUUCAAAAACACUGAUUCAUUCAGUAAUGAAACAAGUAUUUAUUAACGAGUCAUUGAAUUCAUUCGAAACCAUUGUUUUUAUAAUUCAUACUUUUUCCAGCAAUUGAUAUUUUGUCAGUAAAUUACAUGUUAUUUUGUUCAGUUUUUUUAAUUCAAAAUCGUGGAAGAAUCGUGAUGUCUAUUUGAAAUUAAAAUAUCGUGAUUCUCAUUUCAUCCAGAAUCGUGCGGCUCUUAAUCCUGGGUCACCGGGGUAUUUCUGCUUUUCUAUAAGCACCUCCUACUGUCAGAUUUAAUUUUCAUUUGACCUGCCAUUUUUAUGCAUUGGUCUAUAAAGACAAAACGCAUGCGAAAAUCAAGAUGAAUUUUCAUGCCAAACGUGCAUAUGUGUGAACAGGCCUUAAAAAUGAAUGAAUGAAUGAAUGAAUGAAUGUACUUAGAGCUAAGGUUACUCCACCUUUAUUUUCCAUCCCCCUGUCCUUUUUUAAACAAAGUAUCUAUAAAUAUGAAUAUAUAUUAUAAAUAUAAAUUGUAUAUAUCUAAAUGUAUAGGCUUAUAAAAAAGUAACUGGAGUAAUUUUAACAAUUUUGAGUUAUCUGACUCAUUGUUUUUGGAUCAGUACUGGAGCUCUUGUCUUGAAAGCCAAGUAAUAUAUGCAUGACGGUGAAGUGGCCUGAUAUUCAGAGGCUCUACAAUAGCAAUGUUUACCAACAGCCUCUGCUGCUGCGACAGCACGAUUUUUGGACAGACAUGCAUUUGCGAAACUGUUACUGAAGGAUACUGAUAUCAAAGGAAAAGAAAAGGCAUCUUGUCCAAGGUUAGGACAAAAAAGAAAACUCCUGAUGUUACUCAUAUGAAGAAUGUAAUAUGCUUGCUGUUAUAUUGACUAACACGUAAAUUGCUUGUUGCAGUUUUCAUUAGUGAAAAAGUGUAAAUAAUGUCUGUACUUGAAGUAUUUUGUUCUGUUUUGUUUUUUUUUUAUUCUGAAGGUUAGCCCUGAUAUGGGCUGUUUUCUGAGCUGUGUGCUGUGGAAACCCUUUUUACAGUGCAUCAUAACAGCCAGACAUAAAUGUGGAAGAAGAAUGAAAUCUUUUUAUAUUUGUACAGGAUUGACAAAGUAAGUGCUAAACCGAAAGCUCCAGAGCCCGAACAUCUGUAGCAGUACCAGGCUUACUGGUAUUGUCAUGUUAAACCAUUUGAAUGCAAACUACAAACUAACAGCAGCAAAUAAGGAAUUAAGUUUUUUUUAUUUUUAUGUUUUCUACAAAAAAGUGCCUCUCAACUGGUUCUGGUGACAGGAAAGGUGCCAUUUCUUAAUUUUGUUGUUUGUUCAUAUGGAAUGUGUAUUGUGAAUGAAUGACUGAAUUUUAUCAGAAAAAAAAAUAAGAAAAAUAAAUUUUUAUACAAAACGAUGCAAAAGCAGACCCUGCGCUUCCACUGCUUCAUCAGUCAUAGUCUUAAGUCAUUUUGUGCUUUGCCACUGGAUAUGUCUUUACCUUGGUCUUUUAUUGAGGCAAUAACUUAAAUGUGUAUAUUUUUUGUGUAUGUUACUUUUGUUAAAAGUCACAUAUUUUGUCCGAGCUGACCAGUGUAGCCAGCAUGUGAUUCCUCGGAAGAGUAUGCAUGACGUCAUACUUAUGUGUGCAGAUUUCAUCUUACCUCUGAAUGCUCAUAUGUGUGACUCCCAACUGCAAAGAAAACAAAAACACUGGAAAUAAAUUAUCUUUGUCAGCGUC